AUGUCUCUCCCUCAACCCGUUCCCCCCUCCUGGAAGGACCUCGGAAAGUCCUCGAACGACCUCCUCGGCAGAGACUUCCCCAUAAGCGGGGUUCAGCUUGAGGUCAAGACCAACACCCCCUCCAACGUCGCCUUCAAGGUCAACGGCACCCGCGACUCCAAGUCCGCGCUCAUCAACGGUGACCUUGAGGGAAAGUACGUCGACAGGAAGCACGGCCUCGUCUUCACCCAGGCCUGGACGACUUCCAACAUCCUCCGUACCCAGGUCGAGCUCGAGAACCAGAUUGCUAAAGGUCUCAAGUUCGACCUGAACACUGCCCUCACGCCCGACAGCGGCUCUAAAAGCGCCCUCUUCACGACCACGUACAAGCAGCCCGGCCUUCACAGCCGCGCAUUCCUCGACCUUUUCAAGGGCCCAACUUUCACUGCUGACACAGUUGUUGGCCGGGACGGUUUCCUCCUUGGUGCUGAGGCUUCCUACAACGUGACAGAGGGUAAGGUUACCCGCUAUGCGACAGCCCUUGGCUACAGUGCGCCUGAGUACGCCGUCACCCUCCACGGUCUCGGCAACUUGAGCACGUUCGCCGCGAGCUACUACCACCGUGUAAGUCCUGAUGUUGAGGCGGGCGCUAAGGCCGUCUACGACACCAAGGCGACCACUUCGGGUGUGAGCCUUGAGGUUGGCACUAAAGCUUACCUCGACUCGUCUGCGUUUGUGAAGGCGAAGAUCAACAACUCUGGUAUCCUCGCUCUCGGCUACACUCAGGCGUUACGCCCUGGUGUCCGUGCCUCUUUCGGUCUUGCUCUCGACACUCAACGGCUGAACGACGCCUCUCCGUCUGGAGCCGCACACAAGGUCGGAGCCAGCUUCACUUUUGAGGGUUGA